AUGAAGCUUACGUUCAAGGACCUCAAGCAGGCCAAAUUUGUGGUCGAGAUUGAGCCUUCAGCCACGGUUGGACAGCUCAAGGAAAAGGUCGCUCAAGAAAAGCCCGACUAUGGCUCGGGAAUGAAGAUCAUCUAUUCUGGCAAGAUUCUACAAGAUGACAAGACUGUUGAAUCUUACAACAUUGAAGAGAAGGAUUUCCUAGUCUGCCUGCCCGGCAAGCAACCCAAGGCCGCCGCUGCCUCCUCCGCUGCUCCAACUCCUUCCACCCCAGCCGCUAAGCCACAAGCCGCGACACCGGCCGCUCCUGCUCCCGCUGCUCCUGCGCCUGCUGCGCGCUCAACACCUGCUGUCCCGGCCACUCCUUCCCCAGCCGGCGGAGCGCCUGCUCAGGCAGGCGAACCUGCUGCCUUCGGUGACCCUUCGGCUCUGACCAUGGGUGGUGCAGCCGAGGGUGCUAUGGCGCAGAUGGAGGCUAUGGGAUUUGAGCGCCCCAUGGUGGAGCGGGCCAUGCGCGCUGCGUUCUUCAACCCUGACCGCGCCAUUGAAUACUUGCUCAAUGGAAUUCCCGAGAGCGCUCAGCGUGAGCAACAACAGCGAGCCCAGGAGCAAGAGCAGGAGCAACAUGAGACUCACACCGAGGCCCCUGCGGCUGCUGCAACUGGUGGUGAUCGUCAGCCUUUCAACAUGUUUGAAGCGGCUGCUCAGGCCAAUGAGGGUGGCGGCCGCGGUGCGCGCUCUGGCGGGGCUGGUGGUGCGGCCGGAGGUGACGCUAGCCUGGACUUCCUCCGCAGCAACCCUCACUUCCAACAGCUCCGCCAGCUCGUUCAACAGCAGCCUCAGAUGCUGGAGCCUAUCUUGCAACAGGUGGCUGCGGGUAACCCCCACAUUGCUCAGGUUAUCGGUCAAAAUUCCGAACAAUUCCUGCAGCUUCUCGCAGAGGACCUUGGUGAUGACGACGAGGCGCUGCCCCCCGGUACUCAAGCCAUUUCGGUGACGGAGGAGGAACGGGACGCCAUUGAGCGGUUGUGCCGACUUGGAUUCUCUCGCGACACCGUCAUCCAGGCCUACUUUGCCUGUGACAAGAACGAGGAGUUGGCUGCCAACUUCUUGUUCGACCAGCCGGACGAGGACGAGGACUAA